GUACACUAUGAAUUCGAAGUACAAAUGUAUUGUGAUGUCACAAAAAUCCCCGAUUCAAUAUCUUUCACUGAUGAAUGCACGUACAAAAUGCAUGUAAAAUCUAAUAUAUGAUAAUUCAUCAUAAACAAUUCGAAACAUUAUCGACCAGUGGUAUGAACUAGAACUGUUCAUCAAGUGUGUACAGAAUAAGCCAACACCCCGUCUGAGGCCUCUACAAGAUUACCCGGCCAGCGAGCAACAAGGUACUGGUUUUUCCUAACGGGAUUAGUGAAGAGAUCGCAUCGGACAUUGCUGGUCAUUCGGACAGUGCUGGUCAGUGAGCAGCAUGGAUACUGUUAUUGGGCAUGGAGAGUCUAACGGGCCAGUCAGGGUGCGGAACCCACACAUCAAGUCCCUCAGCGUCGAUCACCUAUACCACAUCGCCCUUGACACCUCGGACAUAAACAAACUCGAGACCCUCUUCGGGGAUGUCAAGUUCGUAUGUUUCGGGGGUUCGCCUUCCCGGAUGGAAGGGUUUGUUGACUACAUCAACAGAGAACUAGGCCUCAACGAAAAUGGCCAUUGUCCGCAGAACUACGCUGCCGGGACUGACCGCUACUGUGUGUACAAAGCGGGACCAGUUCUGUCUGUUAGCCACGGGAUCGGAAUGCCUUCCCUGUCGGUCGUGUUCAACGAAAUCGUCAAACUCAUGCACUAUGCCAAAUGCCGUGACGUAACGUUUUUCAGAAUAGGAACAAGUGGAGGAAUCGGUGUAGAGCCGGGCAGUGUAGUCCUAACAGAGAAGGCAGUUGACGGCGAGUUUUCACACUUCUAUAAGAUGUUUAUCCUUGGAAAGAGGGUAGAGAGACCAGCUAUCGUAGAUGAGGAUCUUAUCCGGGAUCUGGAGGCGUGUGGGAGGGAUGACGAUGACUUUCAAACUGUCAAAGGGACCACUAUGUGUACAGAAGACUUUUACGAAUGUCAAGCAAGAUUGGAUGGCGCAUUCUGUGACUUUAAUGAAGAGGAUAAAAUGGCUUUUAUGCAAACGUUGAAGGAUCAUAAUAUCUGUAAUAUUGAAAUGGAAUCUCUGGGCUUUCUGGCGCUGUGUCGACAUGCAGGAAUCAAAGGUGCUGUGGCGUGUGUGACACUCCUUGAUAGACUGAAACAGGACUACAUCACUGUGGAUAUACCCAAACUCAAACUAUGGCAGCUCCGCCCCCAGAUGUUAAUUAGCCGCUACAUAAAGAAGAAGAUAGGAGCAGAAUUUGGCUAACUAUCAUCCAUGCGGUUCAUUAGAUAUUGCCUACACUUUGAGCAACUGUAGUGUUAUUUAAGACAUAUCGUGCCCAAGAAAAAAUACAUUGUGGAAACUGUUCGAAAAAUGUGAUUUUGUUUUGAAUUUUUUUAUUACUUCAAGUCAAAAUGUAAUCUCCAAUGAUUUCAUUGGCUGGGUGAACGUGUUCCGAUGAGUCCGAAACUUUUGGUCUAGGUAACCUAUCCAUACAUCACGACACCUGUCGGAUAUAUAUGAUUAUAUCUUUAAUUUAAAUAACAAAUAAAAAGCUUGAAUUUAAAAAUACAGACUAUGCAAAACAUGAAACAUGAUUUUUACGGUCGUAGUGCUAAUAAUUUCACUUUCUUAUUCCGAGGUUUUAAGAAAAAUACUCUGCGCUACAACUUUUUUUUGUAAGAGUUAUUUUGUUUUAUACUAAACAGAUAAUGUUACUUUAAUACGUUAUGAUAUGUUGGAAUAAUAGUCAUAAGAAUUAAACAUUACCCCAUACUGAAAUCCAAUUUCGUGAUGGCAUUUAUCUCCCGCGUUCUGACGGCACGGAAGACACACAAGGCCGUGUCCUGGGGCGUUGUUCCACCUCCCAAGAUGGAGUAUGUUGUAUGUAGUACGAUGUCUUAUAAAACCUGUCGACAUCAUUGUGAAACUUUCUUAAGAUUAAGUUUCUAUAAACAUCUAACAAAAGUGUCUGUCGAUGAAAUGAUGUUCAGUAUCCAAAUUAUACUUAAUUAUUCUAAAACCUUUAUACUUUUACCUCUAAAUUCCUCAGGUAGGUUUGCACCUUAACGUCGAAUGGGGCCAGAAACAUUUCGAUCACAAAUUAAAUGUCGUAGUAAAUCUUUUUUCUGAAGACUUGUUAUGUUUAACACUUUUGAGGAAAAAACCCGUCAUUGAUUCAAAUUGAAAUUCUUAAAAGAAAUAAAUCUCUUACAGGGAAAUGUACACUUUAGACCUUGUAAUGAAGAGUAAGUAAAUAUUGAAUCACUGAUUUUACAUAAUCUUUUGGUGUGAAGGUUUUUUCAUUAUCUUGUGUUGGACUAUGAGUAUAUCACCGGGUUGUAUAUUAUCUUGUGUUGGAAUAUUAGUAUAUCACCGAGUAGUAUAUUAUCUUGUGUUGGAAUAUUAGUAUAUCACCGGGUUGUAUAUUAUCUUGUGUUGGAAUAUUAGUAUAUCACCGGGUUGUAUAUUGUCUUGUGUUGGAAUAUUAGUAUAUCAACGGGUUGUAUAUUAUCUUGUGUUGGAAUAUUAGUAUAUCACCGAGUAGUAUAUUAUCUUGUGUUGGAAUAUUAGUAUAUCACCGGGUUGUAUAUUAUCGUGUGUUGGACAUAUAGUAUAUCACCGGCUUUUAUAUAAUCUUGUGGUGUAAAAUUAGUAUUUCUACGGGUUGUAUAUUAUCUUGUUGUGUAAAACUUGUAUAUCACCGGUUUGUAUAUUAUCCUGUAAUGUGAAGCUAGUAUUACCAAGUUGUAUAUUAUCAUUUGUGGGACAAUGUGUAUACCACUGUGUGGUAUAUUAUCUUGUGUUGGGCAAAAAAUAUAUAACUAUAACAUUAUGCAUUUCGACAACGUAUAUUCUUACCUAACGCAGUCAUGUUUUCUGUUUUGCCGACUUACUCAGUUACGUGCCACGGAGAUAUUUUUCCUGAUACAAAUACUAUGUCUGAGUUAACGCCUUAUAUAUCGGCUCAUAGAAGCGUGCUCAUAACACUUUAUGUUUAAUAAAGGUCCCUGUGUGUUGGUGGUGUUUGAAACCUCGGUGCAUGAAAUGAUACCGGCGCCAAAUUUGACUAUUCAUAGCCAUAUAUGUAUACUAUUUUAUACAUUAUGUUUUGUGUUUAUUUGAAAUGUAUAUUUUGUAUCUCAGUGUGAUAUUAAAACACAUAAUAUGUCCA